AGCAAAUAGAAGUAUAUGCAUUUUAAUAUUGGAUUCCCAAACUGUUGAGUUUUGUUACUGUCCAACACGAGACUUAAUUUCCAUCACACACUCCAACAAUCUCAGACAGAGGAAAAGGGUAGAUUCGUAAUAUAUUCGCUAGUUAUCUUUCAUUUUCAUCAUAUUUGUUUUGGAAAUCUAAUUAUCAAGUUCUGAAAAUUCUAUCAACAGAAUCACUAAAUUAAAAAAAAAAAUGUAGUCAUAUUUGAAACGUCAAAAUCGACACAUGUCACUAUAUUUUAAAGACACAACAUCAACAAAAAUUCACAAAAGAAUUCAAAUUCCAUUUUUCAUCCCUCGGCCUACCCUGUUCUGAACAGGUGGACGCAUGCACAGAGUCAGCUCAAAUAGCUUCUUUAGCAAAAUAUAAAUACGACCAGACAAACACGUUUGGAUCUGGACUGUGUAAGAGCCUUGAUUUGAAAGGUUCUAACAGUUCGGAGUUGAGUGAUAACCGCUUCUCUUUUCUAAGAUUGUCGAUUCUAUGGCAAAGAAACCUGUUAAAUACUUUGUGGUGGACGCGUUCACCGAGUCGGCGUUCAAGGGGAACCCUGCAGCAGUGUGUUUAUUGGAAGAAGAGAGGGAGGAAUCAUGGAUGCAAAGCCUAGCAACCGAGUUCAAUCUCUCUGAGACAUGCUACUUGACUCGGAUUAUAGACUCCGACAGAUCUGAUAUCUCAUCCAAUGGAUCCUCAAAUGAUCGUUUCCACCUCAGAUGGUUCACUCCCACUACAGAGGUUGAACUUUGCGGCCAUGCCACGUUAGCGUCUGCACAUGUUCUUUUUUCAUGCGGUUUGGUGAAGUCCAAUAUUAUUGAAUUUUUCACUCUGUCUGGAGUUCUAACUGCCAAAAAGGUCCCAGGGAACAAUGAAUCAGGGGCCCCAGAUGAUGGGUUUUUCGUUGAAUUGGAUUUCCCUGCUGAUACAGUUGCUGAGUUCAAUGAUGCUGACAUUUCGCAAAUUUCGGCCGCUUUGAAUGGUGCCCAUGUUAUUGAUGUAAAGAGGACAACCAUUGGAGAUAACCUCUUGGUUGAACUUGCUUCAGGAAAAGCAGUUGCAGAACUACAGCCAGACAUUGGUGCAAUAGAAAAAUGUCCUGGAGGAGGCAUCUUGGUCACUGGGACUGCUUCUCCAGAGUCUGGAUUUGAUUAUUAUUGUCGAACUUUCUUUCCCAAAUUUGGAAUCAAUGAGGAUCCUAUCACUGGAAGUGCACAAUGUGCCUUGGCGCCUUACUGGGCCAAAAAACUGGGGAGAUGUGAUCUCAGUGCUUAUGCGGCAUCAUCGAGAAGUGGAAUUGUUCACGUUCAUUUUGAUAAACAGAGAAAAAGGAUAUUCAUGCGAGGAAAUGCUGUAACUGUCAUGGAUGGGAAUGUUCUGAUUUGAAUUCCAAAGUUAUUUUAACAUUGCAAAGAAAAAUAGACCCAGAAACUGUAACUGGGUUAAUAGUCAGGAAUUUGAUUUUUAUACCUGAGAUUUAUAAUCUCAGGUUGAUGAUUUAUAUAGAUUGGAUAAAUAAUUUUGUGAGAUGAGAAGUUUUACAUCAGAGAAAAUUGUUUUAGUGAUUACUUUUUUAUUUUA